AUGCCACACAAAUCACGAUGGACCGUUCCCAUUCCAGAGGUCGACAUUCCCACCUAUCUCUUCGGCAGCCCUACAUCCCCGCUAGGAGAUGCAGUGGCCUUUGCUGACGCCGAAGACCCCGAGAGACUGCGUCUGACAUGGACUGAACUCCGUCUCUGGUCGCAGCGGUUCGCAGCUGGGUUGAAAGCUGCCGGACUACAGGAAGGCGAUCGGGUCGUUAUCCUGAGCGGCAACGAUGUCUUGUUCCCCGUCGUCAACCUGGGCAUUCUCAUGGCUGGUGGUAUAUACCAGUCCGCGAAUCCGCACUCCAAUCCUCGUGAACUGGAAUACCAACUAGGCCUUACAAAGCCGAGAUUUAUCCUGGCGAGUCAGGAAACUUUAGCCUGUGCUCUUGAGGCCGCUGCCAUGGUGGAUACGGCCCGGGAGCGUGUUUUCGUCUUCAACGAUGCUCCUCUUCUCCGGGAUGGUGGUGGUGACGACAAUGCUAACGCUGGCGUGAAGCAUUGGAAGCACUUACUCGCGCCAAAAGAGGUCGGUGGACGAUUCGCAUGGAAAAGGCUAACCCCUAGCGAAUCGAAGUCUACAACGGCAUACACGAUAUUGACAUCUGGAACAACCGGCCUCCCGAAAGCAGCAGAGGCAUCGCACUACAGUAUAAUCGCAAAUUGCGUGCAGACAGACUUCGUCAUGAACCUAGAUCCGAGCGUUUCGACGAAAGAAUUAGCAGCUCGAAAGUCCAGAUGGUUGUGUACUAUUCCACUCUAUCACGGCCUGGCUCUAUGUUAUUUCUGCACCAUCUCCAUCGCUCGACGGAUCCCGUCGUAUAUCAUGCGCAGGUAUGAGAUUACCCAUAUGCUAGAGAGUAUCCAGAAGUUUCGUAUAACAGAACUACACCUCGUACCACCAAUUAUCGUCGUCAUGACCAAACAUCCCGCCGUGAAGAGUGGAAAGUAUGAUCUCAGCAGCGUCACCAAGACCUUCUCCUGUGCGGCACCGCUCGGUCCAGAACCAACUGUACAGUACGAGGCGCUUUGGCCCAAUGGACAGGUAAAUGUCAAACAGGGCCUUGCCUCAACUGAAUCCUGUUGCAACUCUCUCGGCUGGGAUCCCACCUUAACGGCCGUGCCCGGCUCCGUUGGCGAACCAAUGCCGAACUGUGAGAUCAAGUUAAUGGACGAUGACGAAAAUGAGGUUCCACGCGGGAAAAGCGGCGAGAUAUGGUUUCGUGGUCCGAAUAUCAUGCAGGGCUACUGGCAGAACAUAAAGGCUACCAGUGAGACUAUCACUGCAGAUGGUUGGCUGAGAACAGGGGAUGUAGCUCGUCAGGACGAGAAGGGGUGGUAUUACGUCGUGGAUCGAAAGAAGGCAAGUUUUGAAAUGAUCAAGGUAAAAGGCGUCCAAGUCUGGCCUGCUGAACUCGAGGCGCUUCUUCUCGAUCAUCCUUCUGUCAAUGAUGCCGCCGUGAUCGGUGUAAGAAAGGGUGACGAGGAGUACCCCCGGGCAUACGUUGUGGCAGCACCAGGAACGUCCAUUUCCGCAGAGGAGAUCAUAGAAUUCGUUAACAGUAAAGUGUCUACAAUCAAGAGACUCACUGGCGGUGUUUUCUUCAUUAAUACCAUUCCAAGAGCCCCUUCUGGAAAGAUAUUGCGACGAGUAAUCAGAGACGGCCUUGUGAGCAAUUCAAAAUUAUAA